AGUCCUCGCAUCGCAUCGCAAAAAUGGCGGCGGCCACUUCCUCCGCUUCCUCCCUCGCCUUCUCCCACCCCAAAACCCUAAACCCCGCCCCCAAAACCCCGGCCGUCGGUUCCGUAUCCUUCCCCGCCGCUCAGCCACCAUGCCUCCUCGCCGCCUCCGCCGGCCGCCGCGGCGCCGUAGCCGCCAAGGUCGCGUCGCCGUCGGUGAUCAGCACCACCAUGCCGUCGCUCGACUUCGAGACCUCCGUCUUCAAGAAGGAGAAGGUGUCCUUGGCCGGCCAUGAGGAGUUUAUCGUGAGGGGUGGGAGGGAUCUUUUCCCGCUGCUGCCAGAGGCGUUCAAGGGGAUCAAGCAGAUUGGCGUGCUUGGAUGGGGCUCGCAGGGUCCAGCACAAGCUCAGAACUUGAGAGACUCACUUGCUGAGGCUAAGUUGGACAUUGUUGUUAAGAUUGGUCUUCGUAAAGGUUCCAAAUCUUUCCAAGAAGCACGUGCAGCUGGUUUCACUGAAGAAACGGGGACCUUGGGAGAUAUAUUGGAGACUGUGUCGGGCAGUGAUCUCCUUUUGUUGUUGAUAUCAGAUUCUGCCCAGGCAGAUAACUAUGAGAAGAUUUUCUCACACAUGAAACCCAACAGUAUUCUUGGUUUGUCGCAUGGAUUUCUCCUGGGACAUUUGCAAUCAGUUGGCCUUGAUUUUCCAAAAAACAUCAGUGUGAUCGCUGUAUGUCCCAAGGGAAUGGGCCCUUCUGUUAGAAGACUUUACGUUCAGGGUAAAGAGAUCAAUGGUGCUGGUAUCAACUCUAGCUUUGCUGUUCACCAGGAUGUUGAUGGAAGGGCUACAGAUGUUGCUCUAGGGUGGUCAAUUGCUCUAGGUUCUCCUUUCACAUUUGCUACUACUCUAGAGCAGGAGUACCGGAGUGAUAUCUUUGGCGAGCGAGGUAUUUUGCUUGGCGCCGUUCAUGGAAUUGUGGAGGCUCUUUUCAGAAGAUACACAGAACAAGGAAUGGAUGAAGACUUGGCAUAUAAGAACACUGUAGAGUGCAUCACUGGAAUUGUCUCAAAAACUAUUUCAAAGAAGGGGAUGCUCGAAGUUUACAACUCUUUAACAGAAGAAGGAAAGAAGCAGUUCAACGAGGCAUAUAGCGCUGGUUAUUACCCAAGCAUGGACAUACUGUACGAGUGCUAUGAAGAUGUUUCUUCUGGAAGUGAAAUUAGAAGUGUUGUGCUGGCUGGGAGGAGAUUUUAUGAAAAGGAAGGCCUCCCGGCAUUCCCUAUGGGCAACAUUGAUCAAACACGUAUGUGGAAGGUGGGUGAAAGGGUGCGUUCAACCCGGCCACAAGGAGAUCUUGGCCCAUUACAUCCGUUCACCGCUGGAGUGUUUGUUGCAAUGAUGAUGGCUCAGAUCGAGGUCCUCAGAAAGAAGGGCCACUCGUAUUCAGAGAUCAUCAACGAGAGUGUGAUUGAGUCUGUCGACUCCCUAAACCCAUUCAUGCAUGCUCGCGGGGUGGCAUUCAUGGUUGAUAACUGCUCCACGACAGCCCGCUUAGGGUCAAGGAAGUGGGCUCCACGCUUUGACUAUGUCUUGACCCAACAAGCUUUCGUGACUGUUGACAAGAAAUCACCAAUUAAUCAAGAUCUUAUCAGCAAUUUUAUGUCUGACCCUGUGCAUGGCGCCAUUGAAGUCUGCGCUCAGCUGAGGCCCACCGUUGAUAUCUCAGUGACUGCUGAUGCUGAUUUUGUGCGCCCAGAGCUCCGACAGUCUUCCUAAAGUUCGUGUUGAUCGCUGGCACAUCCUAGUUUAGCCGUUUGAGUUGAGUGUAGUCGUUUGUAUGCUAAAUGUAUUGCUAUAACCUGAAGAAGUGAACACUUCAAAUGUAGGACUGCUGUGGUUUUUUUUGUCGCUGGACUAGCGUUUCGCAAGAAUAAAAGAAGCGGUUUGUUGUGUC